AACUUUCUCUCUUGUUCAUCCAUUUCAAACGAAUCCUUCUUUUCUUUUCUCUUCUCUUCACUUUCAUUAUUUUCAGUUUGCCCCACUCUUUCUUUCCCUUUUCUCUAUGCUCUAACGGUAAACUCGAAACACAGAGAGAGAGAAAGAGGGAGUGAAGGACAAAACAAACACAAGGUCCCUGCAAUCAUGAAGGCUGUGGUGGCUCUAUUUGUUUUCUCUUUCGGGUUUUUCUUGGCCUCUGUUACUGCUGACCCUGACUUGCUUCAAGAUGUCUGUGUUGCUGAUCUUUCCUCUGCAGUGAAAGUUAAUGGCUUCGCCUGCAAAGAGAAUAUAACAGCAGAUGACUUCUUCUUCGCUGGGCUAGCCAAGCCAGGGCUAACCAACAACACCCUAGGCUCUCUGGUCACUGCAGCCAAUGUUCAGAAAAUCCCAGGCCUUAACACCCUUGGAGUCUCCUUGUCCCGCAUUGACUACGCCCCCGGCGGUCUUAAUCCUCCACACACCCACCCACGAGCCACCGAGAUAGUCUUUGUCCUCAAAGGCCAGCUCGACGUGGGCUUCAUCACCACUGCUAAUGUUCUGGUCUCAAGGAACAUCAAGAAAGGUGAGAUAUUUGUUUUCCCAAGAGGGUUGGUGCAUUUCCAGAAGAACAAUGGCAAGGUUCCCGCAGCAGUGAUCGCCGGCUUCAACAGCCAGCUUCCGGGUACUCAAGCCAUCGCCGCCACCUUAUUUGCUGCCACACCGCCGGUUCCAGACCACGUGUUAACCAAGGCUUUCCAGGUAGGGACGAAGGAGAUUGAGAAAAUCAAGUCUAGGUUGGCACCCAAGAAGUAAUUGAAUUGUGUUUUGUGCCUUCUUGCCUUCUUCAUAAUCUGUAUUUGUUUCCACCGUUGAAACAAUUUGUGGGAUUUGUCCUUCCUAAUAUUUAAUUUUAUUUCCCUGAA